AUGUUCAUCUACGCCAUGUUCCAGCAGUACUUCCCAUACGAACUCCGUGGCCACGCCCACAAGUACACCCAGAAGCUCGUCACCUACUUCUACCCUUACAUCCAGAUCACCUUCCACGAGCUCACCGGCGAGAAGCUGAAGCGCAGCGACGCCUACUUCGCCAUCCAGAACUACCUCGCCGACCACACCACCGCCACGGCCAAGCGCCUGAAGGCCGACGUGGUGAAGGGCAGCAAGUCCCUCGUCCUCACAAUGGACGACCACGAGCAGGUGAUGGAGGAGUUCCAAGGGAUCAAAAUCUGGUGGAGUUCCAACAAGAACACCCCCAAAAGGCCGUCCUUCUCGUUCUACCCGAAGACAGAGGAGAGGAGGUACUAUACUCUGACCUUCCACAAGAGGUACAGAGACGCCAUUACCAAAUCGUACAUCGACAAGGUUUUGAAGGACGGGAAGGCGAUUGCGGUGAGGAACAGGGAGAGGAAGCUUUAUACUAACAAUCCUAGCGACAGUUGGUACGAAUACCAGUCGACGAAGUGGAGCCAUGUCCAGUUCGAGCACCCUGCAAAUUUCGAGACUCUGGCUAUGGCGGAGAACGAGAAGGAGGCGGUCAAGAAUGAUCUGAUCAAGUUCAGUAAAGGGAAGGAGUAUUAUACUAAGAUCGGGAAGCCAUGGAAGAGGGGCUACCUUCUGUAUGGCCCGCCUGGAACUGGGAAAUCGACGAUGAUUGCAGCAAUGGCGAACCUGUUGGACUAUGACAUCUACGAUCUUGAGUUGACCACGGUGAAGGACAACUCCGAGCUCAGGAAGUUGCUGAUUGAGACUACCAGCAAGUCGAUCAUCAUAAUCGAGGAUAUCGAUUGCUCGAUUGAUCUCACAGGGCAGAGAAGGAAGGAGAAGAAGAACGAGGAAGAUGAUAAGAAGAAGGAUCCGGUAGAGAAGAAGAAGGAGGAGGAAGAGAAGAAGAGCAAGAAGGGGAGUAAAGUAACGUUAUCGGGGCUGCUGAACUUCAUCGAUGGGAUAUGGUCUGCUUGUGGAGGGGAGAGGAUCAUCAUCUUCACCACGAAUUUCGUCGAUAAGCUUGAUCCAGCACUGAUAAGGAGAGGGAGGAUGGAUCGGCACAUCGAGAUGUCGUACUGCUGCUUCGAGGCGUUUAAGCUGCUGGCGAGGAAUUAUCUGGAUUUGGAUGACCAUGAAUUGUUUGGGAGGAUCGAGGUGUUGCUGGGUGAGAAGGAGAUCACGCCGGCUGAUGUUGCAGAGUGUUUGAUGCCUAAGUCGGAGACGGAAGGUGUUGAGAGUUGUUUGAGGGAGUUGGUGAAGGUUCUGGAGAAGUUGAAGAAGAAGAAGAAGCAAGGAAAGAAGAAAGCGGAAGAAGAAGGUCAAAGGAAGAAGAAGAAGAAAGCUAAGAAGAAGACUACAAAGAAGGGUGAGAGUGAAGAGGAGAAGGAAGGUGAAGAUGGUAACGGUGAUGAGGAGGUGGAGAGUGAAGAUGAGACUGAGAGCAGCAGCAAGGUGACACUUUCUGGGUUGUUGAAUAUCAUUGAUGGGAUUUGGUCAGCCAGUGGAGGGGAGAGGGUUAUAAUAUUCACGACCAACCAUGUGGAGAAGCUGGAUGAGGCAUUGAUCAGGAAGGGAAGGAUGGACAAGCAUAUCGAGCUUUCUUACUGCGAUUUCGAAGGAUUUAAGGUGCUUGCUAAGAACUACCUUAGUAUUGAGACUCACCCGCUGUUUGAGGUCGUUCGAGGCCUGCUGGAGAAGACCAAGGUUAGCCCCGCUGAUGUAGCUGAGAGUCUGAUGCAGAAGGCUGUGGAAGAAGAUGCAGAUAUUUGCUUGAACAGGUUGAUUCGGGACCUCGAGAGUAAGUCUGCCAAGGAAGGAGAACAGAGUAAGGAAGCAUAA